AUGGACCUGGAGAGCAAAAGAACUUCACGCCACCCGGCUGGCCGAUGGGGUCGCCGCAACAUGGACGCGGCAAAUAAGGCACUGCGGCUGUCGGCACCCGAGUCCUACGCUAACUGCUGUUGGGCCAGCAUGGGAACGGUGCCCGUUGAGAACCAGGCGGCCUAUCCGGGCCUGGAGGACAGCACCCACCUGCCCUCCGUCCGUGUGGCGCUCAUCAUGGCGUACGGCAUCAUCAUCGCCCUGGGCGUGGUGGGCAACACCUUAGUGAUCCACGUGGUGUUUCGUUUCCGCCGCCUCCGAACCGUCACCAACUUCUUCAUCGCCAAUCUGGCUCUGGCCGACCUCCUGGUGGCAUCGCUCUGCUUACCGUUCACGUUGGCGUACACCCUCCGUGGCGAGUGGGCGUUCGGCCGGGCGCUGUGCUUCGCCCUGCCGUGCGCGCAGGGCGCCGCCGUGCACGUGUCCACCAUCACGCUGAACGUUAUUGCGGUGGACCGCCUCCGCAGCGUGGCACGUCGCCCGGAUGGCGCGCCGCGGAUGUCCCGACGGGCGUGCGCCGCUGUGGUGGCAAUCACCUGGGUGGUCAGCGUGCUCUUCGCCAGCCCGCUGGCCAUCUUCAGAGAGUACGCCACCUUCCACUUGGCGCCCGGCAAGUCCAUCCAGGUGUGUGCCGAGAAGUGGCCCGAGGGGAGCGGCAGCGCCCCCUACAGCCUGGCCAUGUUGUUGCUGCAGUACGGCCUGCCGUUGGCUGUCAACACAGGAGCCUACGCGUGCAUCUGGAGCAAGCUGAACGCCAGCCGCCUGUCGCGCGCCCACCGCCGCCGCCGUAAGACCACCAAGAUGCUGGUGACGGUAGUGGCCGUCUUUGGCGUCAGCUGGCUGCCGCUGCACGCCUUCCAGCUUGCUGUGGACAUGGACGGCCGUGUGGUCUACAUGGACGACUUCAAGCUGCUCUUCAGCGCCUUCCACGUGGUGGCCAUGUGCUCCACCUUCGUCAACCCCAUUCUCUAUGGCUGGAUGAACAGCAACUACAGGAGCGCUUUCCUUGACGUCUGCACGUGCUACAGGCUCUUUAAAAAGAUGAACAAAAUGGCCCCUGCCCCAGUUUACAAGUUUUAA